UUGUUUAUCAGAUGUUUGUAGCCAAUUCAGUUUUAAUAAACCUUUAUUAUAUUAAUCAACAGUCAUAUUUCACCUCGGAUAGUUACACAUUUUUAUUACACUGACAAACGUGAAAUGACUAUGAUGAAUCUUCAUAAUUCUGCAAUUUUCAUCAUUUGGCUAGCAGUUCAGUUUGAGAUUGGCAGUUGCUAUCCUGCUGGACUUGCUGUUUUCAGAAUUUUCAGAGACCAUGAUGGGCGGUCCGCAAGCCAACAUGAGAACCAUGCGCAUAACGCCUUUACUACCGAACAGCCAGAAGAACCACGGUGGAAUUUCGUCCACAUCAUGUUGAAGUUACAACCUGAAAUGAUAAUAAAAAAAGGUGAAAAUGGAAGCCAAACCGACGAGUAUGAUUAUGAGAAAAUCGAAGAGGCAGUUAACAGGGGACAUGAUGAACGUGCAAUGAGAAAAGGAUAUAUUUUUAGGAGAAAUAUAGAAGUGGAUAAUUAUGGCUAUGCUCACGUUUUUUAUUAUUUUAGAGAUAAGACUGAAAUGGACAAAGAAGAAGAUUUUGAACAAGUUGGGUACCACUUUAAAUUGGGUCAGAAACAGCCAAAAGGAAUUAAUGACAAUCAGAAACGAGGAAACCAAGAAAAAAGUACAGAGGGAAGCACUGAAGAGAAAGAUUUAGUAGAAUUUCAAGGAGGAGACAACGAUGAUGGAGAAGUGAAUGACAAUCAUGAAGAUAAUGAGGAUGCAGAGCAUGCCGGUGAUGAAGUAGAACUAAAAGAAGAAAAUGAAAAGGCUGAUAAUGAUGAUAAACGAUUUAUACUUAGAGCAGGAUUAAAAGAAGAAGUGUUGGAGAACUAUGAUGAAGAUGCUGAGACUGUAAAGGGGUUGGUAGAAGAUGAAGAUGAGGAAAAUGAAGAGAGUAGUAUGGAAAAAGGAAAGGGAGAUCAAACUGAGGUUGAAGCAGAGAAUCAUGAAGACAUAGAUGGUAACUUUGAAUUUGGCAAAGUACUUGUGAUAGAGGGUUUGGGUGAUGAUCAAAAAUCAGAGAGAGAAGUAGAUAAAAUAGAAAAAGAAGAAACCACCAGCGAGACAAAAGAAACAACCUCAAAUGAGCAACUAGACAUUGGACAAAUUAUCGGGUCGGUGGAAAAUAUUGAAACAAGUACUGAUUUUGUGGAUAUGAUAACAGAUGUAUAUUAUAAUUCUUAUGAUAGUGAUGAAAUCCAUUCUGGAAUAACAAGCUCGAAAGAAGAACUGGAGCAAGAAGAGAACAGCUCUAAAGAAGAGGUCUAUAAUGAAGAAACUGUUGAUCCAAGUGAACCGUUAGAAAUCAAAGUGGAUUUCUUGAACAACAAGGAAACAGAGAUAGAAAAUUCUGGAGAAAUUGGAGAUGAUACACCCACAGAAUCCAUUAGAAAGUUGAGAAAAAUAUAUGACUUUGGAGAAAACAGAAAGUUUGACACAACUUGAAUGAGAAGAGUGAAGUCAUUUUAACAAUAAAUAAACCUGAAAUAUUCAAGUUCUAAUACAAAUAAUAAUGUUCAGUCCGUUCCUACUAGAAUGAAUCCAUCAUAAUCUUGUUAUUUUUCUUCAUGGUGUAUUUUUUUCAUUGUACUUAACCCUAAAAUAAGUUUUCAUGUUUGUUGAAUAAAUACAAUUCUCUUAAUAAUGUA